AUGGCUCGCUUUGAUUCACUUGCGAAUGUGACUCUGGAUCCAGACACAGCUCAUCCCGAACUCGUCCUGUCUGAGGAUCGGAAAAGUGUGAGAUGGGGAGACACAUGGCAGGAUCUGCCCGACAACCCUGAGAGAUUUGACGCUGAUCCCUGUGUGCUGGGCUAUGAGGGAUUCAGCUCAGGGAUACAUUCCUGGGAGGUGGAGGUGGGGGAUGGAUUGUUCUGGGCUGUGGGGGUGGCUAGAGAGUCUGUGAAGAGGAAGGAAGGGGUCAGUUAUAACCCUGAGGGCGGGAUCUGGGCAGUGGAGCAGUGCUGGUGGGGUCAGUACCAGGCUCUCACCUCCCCUGUGACCCCGCUGCUCCUGAGCUGGGUCCCCAGGAGGAUCCAGGUUUCACUGGACUAUGAAUGGGGGCAGGUGACAUUUUUCAAUGCUGAUAACGAGACCCUGAUCUUUACUUUCCCACCAGCAUCUUUCAAUGGGGAGAGACUCCGCCCCUGGCUCUCAGUGGGGUUGGAAACCCAGUUCAGACUGUGUCCCUGA